AUGGAGAUGCAGAAGCUCAGGUUGAUGCUCUUGAGCGUCGUCAGGCCCGUCGACACGUGCUUGAGCGCCUCGUCCUACAGCCGCUGGCAGUCCUGCAGUCCGAGGUACUCGAGUGCGAGCUAUGCCGUGUGGCAGUGCGGUAGGAGCGCGCGGCACGCCCUGCAGUUCCACCCCUACUCGGCGGCCGCUUUCCUGCACCAGCCGCACCUCGAGAGCGUGCCGUCCACCGCGCACCACGCGCUGUCGGCCGAGGUGUCGGCGCACCUGGGCAAGCACUCCAAGGCAGCGCCGCCGUCGUCGUCGUCGGCGUCGUCGUCGUCGCCGCACCACGGCCACCACCACCACCAUCUCCAUCACCACCACCACCAGCAGUCGCAGCAGCAGCAGCACGCGCAGCAGGUGGUGGCGGGCGCGCCGGACGGCAGUCAGACGCACGUGUCUUGCCUGUACCGCGAGAUCCUGGCGCUGGUAUUCGGCUAUCUGGACGUGCGCGACAAGGGCCGCGCGGCGCUGGUGUGCACGUCGUGGCGCGACGCGGCCUACCACAAGUCGGUGUGGCGCGGCGUCGUGGCGAAGCUGCUGCUGCGGCCCGCCAACACGUCGCUGUUCGCCAGCCUGGUGCGCCGCGUCAUCCGGCGCGUGCAGGUGCUGUCGCUGCGGCGCAGCUUGCGCGACGUGGUGCAGGGCGUGCCCAACAUAGAGUCGCUCAACCUGUCCAGCUGCUAUAACGUCACCGACAUCGGCCUGUCGCACGCGUUCGUGGCCGAGGUGCCGUCGCUGACGCACCUCGACCUGUCGCUGUGCAAGCAGGUGACGGACACCAGCCUGGGCCGCAUCGCGCAGUGCCUCAAGAACCUCGAGUCGCUGGAGCUGGGCGGCUGCUGCAUCGUCACCAACACCGGCCUGCUGCUGACCGCGCGGGGCCUCCGCCACCUGCGCAGGCUGAACCUGCGCUCGUGCUGGCACAUCUCCGACCAGGACAUCUCCUACCUCGCCGGCCUCAACCGCUACAUCGCCGAAGGCAACCUCGCCCUCGAGUACCUCGGACUGCAGGAGGUACUUGAGUGCAAGCUAUGCCGUGUGGCAGUGCGGUAG